GCCGGCGCCAGCAUGGGGGCAGCCAGCGCCGCCUUCCUAGCCCUGCUGGCGGCGUCCGCGCUGCUUCCCCUCGACGCCGCAGGUGAAAUGGAGAUACCAGAUUCCGAUGAUCCAUUAGGACAAAUGGAUGGACACGACAGACCAGUUCCAACACACAAAGGUUACUUUUUGACCUUUUUGGAACCAGUCAACAAUAUCACCAUAGUCCAAGGCCAGACAGCAAUUCUCCACUGUAAAGUAGCAGGAAAUCCAUCCCCCAAUGUCAAAUGGUUAAAAAAUGAUGCACCCGUGGUUCAAGAACCAAAAAGGAUCAUCAUAAGGAAAACAGACUAUGGCUCACGAUUAAGAAUCCAGGAUCUUGACACCACCGACACUGGUUAUUAUCAAUGUGUGGCCACAAAUGGGAUGAAGACAAUAACAGCAACAGGAGUUCUGUUUGUAAGACUGGGUCCAACGCACAGCCCAAAUCACAAUUUUCAGGAAGAUUACCACGAAGAUGGGUUUUGCCAGCCUUACAGGGGAAUUGCAUGUGCUCGAAUCAUUGGGAACCGGACCAUUUAUGUGGACUCCCUCCAGAUGCAAGGGGAAAUUGAAAACCGAAUUACUGCUGCAUUUACUAUGAUUGGCACGUCUACCCAUUUGUCUGAUCAGUGUUCUCAGUUUGCCAUCCCAUCGUUCUGCCACUUCGUGUUUCCCCUGUGUGAUGAACGAUUUCGGACACCUAAGCCAAGAGAGCUGUGUCGGGAUGAGUGUGAAGUUCUGGAAAAUGACCUCUGUAGGCAGGAAUACAACAUCGCUAGGUCUAAUCCACUCAUUCUGAUGCAGCUCCAGCCACCCAAGUGUGAAGAGCUGCCAUUGCCAGAGACCCUGGAAGCUGCCAACUGUAUAAAAAUUGGAAUACCUGUAGAACGGCUCAAUAGAUAUCACCAGUGUUACAAUGGCUCUGGAGCAGAUUAUAGAGGUACUGUCAGUGUCACAAAGUCUGGCCAUAAUUGUCAGUACUGGGACUCGCAACAUCCUCAUGCCCAUGACUUGACAAGCACGGAAUUUCCAGAGCUUGGAGGUGGACAUGCCUACUGUCGCAAUCCUGGAAACCAGAUGGAAGGUCCCUGGUGUUUUACUCAAAACAAAAACGUACGCAUGGAACUGUGUGAAAUACCUUCUUGUAGUCCACGGGACAGCAGCAAAAUGGGGAUCCUCUACAUCCUGGUUCCCAGCAUAGCCAUUCCUUUGGUUAUUGCCUGCCUUUUCUUCUUGGUCUGCAUGUGCAGAAACAAGCAGAAGGCGUCCGCCACCACCCCGCAGCGGAGGCAGCUGAUGGCAUCUCCGAGCCAGGACAUGGAAAUGCCUCUCAUUAAUCAGCAUAAACAGGCAAAACUAAAAGAGAUCAGUCUCUCCAGUGUGAGAUUUAUGGAGGAACUAGGUGAAGAGAAGUUUGGAAAAGUUUAUAAAGGCCACCUGUUUGGUACAACCCCAGGGGAGCAAACACAAACAGUGGCCAUUAAAACACUGAAGGAUAAAGCAGAUCUAAGCCUCCGUGAAGAAUUUAAACAUGAAGCAAUGAUGAGAUCAAGAUUACAGCAUCCAAAUAUAGUUUGCUUACUAGGAAUAGUGACCAAAGAACAGCCCAUCAGUAUGAUUUUUAGCUAUUGUUCCCAUAGUGAUCUCCACGAGUUUUUGGUUAUAAGAUCCCCUCACUCAGAUGUUGGAAGCACUGAUGAUGAGAAGACAGUGAAGUCUACAUUGGAGCCGGCUGAUUUUUUCCACAUUGUGACUCAGUUAGCAGCAGGAAUGGAAUACCUCUCAAGUCACCACAUUGUCCACAAAGACUUGGCCACUAGAAAUGUACUGGUGUUUGACAAGCUCAGCAUGAAAAUAUCUGAUUUAGGUCUUUUCAGAGAAGUGUAUUCUGCUGACUACUAUAAACUAAUGGGUAACAAUCCACUCCCUAUACGGUGGAUGUCCCCGGAGGCAAUCAUGUAUGGCAAGUUUUCCAUUGAUUCAGAUAUCUGGUCAUAUGGCGUGGUGUUGUGGGAGAUCUUCAGCUAUGGCUUGCAGCCUUACUGUGGCUACUCCAACCAAGAUGUCAUUGAGAUGAUAAGAAAUCGGCAGGUUUUGCCAUGCCCGGAUGACUGCCCUGCCUGGAUGUACUCACUGAUGUUAGAAUGUUGGAAUGAAUUUCCCAACAGAAGACCCAGAUUUAAAGACAUCCACAACAGAUUGCGAACAUGGGGAAACCUGUCUAAUUAUAACAGCUCUGCACAAACCUCUGGCGCAAGCAACACCACACAAACCAGCUCCCUCAGCACAAGCCCCGUUAGUAAUGUCAGCAACACUAGAUAUGUUGGACCAAAGCAGAAACCACAAGCUUUCCCUCAGCCACAGUUUAUACCAAUGAAAGGACAGAUAAGACCAAUGGUCCCACCUCCUCAGCUCUACAUUCCUGUCAAUGGCUACCAACCAAUGCCAGCCUAUGGGGCCUAUUUGCCAAAUUUUUAUCCUGUCCAGAUCCCAAUGCAGAUGGCUCCUCAACAGAUAGCACCUCAGAUGAUUCCCAAACCAGGAUCGCAUCACAGUGGAAGUGGUUCAACAAGUACAGGGUAUGUAACCACAGCCCCCUCCAAUGCCUCUGUGGCUGACAGGGCAGCUCUGCUCUCUGAAGGUACAGAAGAUUCACAUAAUGUGACAGAAGAUGUUGGCCAGAGUCUUGUCCAGGAAGAGGAAGAAGAAGAAGGCUCAGUGCCGGAAACAGAAUUAUUGGGUGACAAUGACACUCUUCAAAUGGAUGAGGCAGAGUUUCAGUCAGAAGCCUAAGGAUGUCAGUACCCUUCUGCAAGGGCAAAACUAGACAUCUGUCUCUUCAGAACUCUGGGGACUGUAGUCUUCUUGACUUGUAUAAUCAAUGUUUUUCUUCAGACUCUUAGAACUACUAAUCGGAAACCACAUAAAAUACAUCACUAAUGACAUUCCAUGUUUGUAGACUUUUCUUUCCAGUGGAUAUUUGCAAACGUGAAGAUAUGAAAUUGCUGUUUGAAAAUCUAGGGUUGAUUGCAGUCCUUGCAGGGAGGCUGCUUUUAUAAUAUACUGUUGCUGUGCAACAUAUAGUGGAAAUGCAUUGCACAUCAUGUAUAUCUUGAACUCUGAUUGUAAUUGUUCUUUUAAUGAAUUCUGGUUAAAUCAUUUACAAGAAAAGGAGCUGAUCUGCAGUAGCACAUGAGAUUGUUCUGCAUGUAAAGAGGUGCUCAAAGAAUAAUGAACAUCCUGUUUACCUUACUGAUUCAGUACAUUUGCAAGGGUGUCUUUCAGAUAUAGCUAACGUACAGGUAAGAAUAUUGUUUUAAAUUAGAAAUUCAGCUAGGGUGAGAAAGCUGAAUGACAUGUGAUGCUCAGUCAUUGAGAGAAAUAGAAUAUUUUCCAGCACAAAUCAGUGAAUUUCUUUUCUAAAUGACAGAUGACUGUCAAAUGUUUUAGCAGGAAAUAUAUAUUUGCUACCCAAAAGAAGAGAUAGGGUAGGCUAUGCACUAACUUAACAAACCAACCUCUUCUGUCUGUUGGUGGUUAUAUGUUUAUAAAGGGCUCAGAAACAUAUUAGCACAUUUUAUUGAUUACAGUGAUCAAUAAGGACUUCAAAAUUAUUUUGCCUUUAGAUAAGAUGGUGCUAGAAAAAUACACAGCCAUACACAGCCUUCUUUUUUUUAAAAAAAUUAGUGAUUGUAGAUGUUAAAAGACCAAAAAUAAGCAAUAUUGUACAGGAUGUAUGUGUGUUUAAUGCUUUUUGUGAGAUGAAUCAUGUACAGACUUUGAAAUGUAAUUUAUGUUUUGUUACAUUUUAUAUGUGUUUUUGUUAUCAUUGCAGCAUUUGGAUCUUUGAAAAGAAUGCCUAUAUAAUUUAACCGUUUACAUUAUGAUUUGUAAUAUUUUAUUGCGAUUGGAAUUUGUAUGCUUUUGUAUGUUGAUAAAACUGGUCCAUGCAUUUCAUAGCCAUUUCUGCAAUACAAAUACUCCCUGAAUUUUAUUACAAUGUAGCUACACCUUCAUUAUAGUCCUAGGCUGCAAAUUCAUCAAGUGGACUAUUAACAAAGCAGCACAUAAAAACAAUUCAGUAAGUACACUGUAAAGUGGAAACUCGCACGUUUCCAUGUGGUUAUGUUUUACCAUCUAAACGGUGCCUUUUGAAAAUGUGUUGGAUUCACCUGAGGUGCAUCAUUGUGACUCUGCAGCUCACGUUUAUGGCAGGAGCUGCCUUACUGGUUUCCAGUUUCUUUCCUGAAAUUGCUUAUGCACUGGUAGGCAAACAAUAAAAAGCUCUCUUGCUUGUUGAUAUAAAUGCAAGUUGGAGAUUUUAAUAAAUCAUACAAAUAAACAUGAACUUUAUUUACUUUUUAAACUGUUGAGCUUUGAUACUGUAAUGUUAUUUGAUCUGUAUUAAAAAGGCAGUAGAAAUAAA